GGUGAACAAUCUCACCACGGGCGCUGCGAUAGUUCCUGUCGCACCAACACCAUACAAGUACAAUUUCUCGUGUGUCGCCCGUCCGUAAAAUUUUUGUCAAACUUCGCAUUUGUCAAAUUAAAUCUAGCAAAUUAGUGGAAUAGGAGUCGGUUCAACGCAUCAAAACAAACAUUGAUUUCGCGUUUCCGUGCACAGCAAGUGCGAAUGUAGAUGGGACGUGGUCCCGGGGGCGCCAGCAAGCAACCAAAAGGGCACGCAAGAGGCUGACAAUCGUGAAAAUCUGGUGGAAAAGGAGGAAAGAAAAAUGGCGCUGACAGCGGUGAGGUUAAAAAAAGUUGGGAACACUGACGUCGUUGAAGUGAGUGCUGGCAGCGGCGGCGACGGCGAAGUCGAGUGUGAGGAUGGUGGCGGUGGUGGCGACGAUGCACUUAUAGACGAGUGUAGUAGUGGUGGUGGUGGUGAAGUUGCCGUGGAUGCUGGUGACGGCGAGGGCGACACUGGCGGUACGACGGACUGUGGCGACGAGCCCGCCAAGGAAAUAUUGGUAGAAGAAGCUCCUACCAAAACGGAAGCACCGAAGAAGUCUACAUCAUCAGUUAAAUACGAUUAUGCAGAAGAAUCGGCACCGUCAUCAGUUGCUAAAUACGAAAGUCAGGAAGAGUCGGCACCCGCUGCUACGAUAGCAAAUCGUAUUUUCACUAGUACACCAAAAGCUAUACAACUCACAUCAUCAUUAAAACGGAAUAACUCAUCGGGCGACACAAAUGAAAGACCUGUAAAGAAUGCGAAAUUCCCAGUGGUCUACGCUCUCACACCAUCGUCAACAGGUGGUUUGACGGGAGCCCAGCAACUCACACCUAUCACAAGACCCGUGACGCUUACUAAGAUUCAAAAUAUCACAACAAUGAGUGGUAGCGAGAACAAAACGUUUUCCGGGACUGGUGUCAAACUCGUUCCCGGGACCGUUAUCAAACUGGCGGGAAAUAAGAAAUUCACAAUACCAAUGAUUGGCGCGAAUGGGAAUUUCAACACAGGAGUCGCGAGGCGACCUACAAUCUACAUAAAAGCGCCAGUGAAAAAAACCAUUCGAACUGUCACAGAAGAAUUAAUUGCCAAAUCGCCAAAACUGCAUGUGGGCAUGUCGGCAGAAAGAUUGACAAUUCUGAAAAAUGUUGCCUUCCAAAAAGCGAAAAUCCCAUUCGUGGAUUUACUCAUAACGCUGAAAAAGCUGAGGUUGAACGAAAGCUUUGCCUUGCUGGCCGAGUAUUUCGAAUAUCCAGAAUCUGAGGUCGAGAAGAUUUUCUCGCGGACCGUUAUCAAGCUUGCGAAAUAUCUAAAGUUUCUGAUUCGAUGGCCGGACGGCGAGAAGUACUGCGAACGACACAAGAAUCUACCGAUCACGUUUCGUUCCAAACUCUCCUACGUUCAAUCGCUGAUUGAGUGCGUUGAGACUGAAAUUCGGCCUGAGGCUUGUCCGACCUUAGACACCAUAGAUUGUAAGUUCUUCAAGUUCAUCUUGGCAAUAACCCCGGCUGGCGUGAUCAGCUACGUUUCAGAAGCUUUCGUUGGCAAUCAUGACGAUCUGGCCAUAUUCAAUGCAUGCAAUUUUCAAAAUCUGAUUCCAAAAUAUUUAUCAUUGGUUGCGGAUCCUGGACAGGCAUUGGCCAAUCAUCGUAGCGAGUUCGAAACGGACAGCACGACAGAUUCGGCAGACGAGACGGAGGAGCAUAGUAUAAAGGAUGUGAAGAUGAGGCGGUUCACGUCGACGGGUGCGACGACAGCGGCGAACAAACUGAAUGCUUGCGCACAGCGUGCCAGCAACAAUUUGAAUAUUGUAAAUAGCCAAUUGACUUCGAGUAAAGUGAAAGAUUUUAGUAUUCCAACAUUGCGGGUACGUGAGCCAGCUUGUCGACAACAAAUUAGAGAUAUAAUUUAUACGUUAAGGGAAUUUAAAAUUCUGCAACCAUACGCAAUUUUAGAGCCACAUUUGUAUCAAUAUAUUAAUGAAAUUUUAGUUAUAGUGUCAGCCCUAACGAAUUUUCAAAGGUAAUAAAAAUGUUUCUUUCAUUUUUUCUGCAAGCACAAAA